AUGACGGAAUGUUUGGAAGUGAACCCGUUCACGGGCGUCCGCGUAAACGUUUUGGCCAGGACCGAGACGCCUACAAAAAGCGGGUGGCAGGCCAAUUCGUUCAGCAAGUUCAAAUGGCAAACGAACCGUCCGUGGGUCACCGUCGGUUGGGACGGGCGAUUGCCGGAGGUGUGUUCCGUGUCCACCGCCGCCGAUGUGAACGUCGUGAACGGAAAUUAUAUAUUGGAGACCGUCGGACAAGCGGAAGGCGGCUGCCUUGACGCGUCCUUUUUCUCGCAGUUCUCCAAGUGGAAGCAGCUAUCCGCGGCCCGAAUCAAAGUGAACUACAGACAGGCGGGCAAAUCGAUUUACGCGGGCUUGGGUCACAAAAUGGUGAUCAGUUGCAUGGAUCCGAAGCCCGAAGUGGCGCUGAGACAGAGAGUGAACGCCGGCGUGGUCCAGUACAUGCAAGUAAAAACGAUAACACGUUCUAUAACUAAGUGGUUCUCGACCUUUUUAAUUACGCUGAGACGCGCUUCGAUUGCUUUUUGCGGUAGGAGAUUCCCAUAGGGUGACUUACGGUGGAACUGAGCGAAAAAAAAAACUACCUAUAACGUAGUCGCUAAAACGAUAAAACUGGUCGGAGUUCGGUUAUACACGGUUCAAAAUGCUAUAAUAUUUACGGUUUUAAAAGAAUACAUUUCGUACAUUUUCCCGUUUUUUCACGUUUAUUAUGAAAACAGCUGGAAAAACUAAAACUUUCAACUACCCCAGUCAGAUAAACCGUCAGAUAACCGUUCAGAAAAAAUGCUACACUUGAAAAUCUUAAUCGCUGGUAGAAGUAGUUUACAGAAAAAAAAAAAUAAACAUCAUUGUUAACACCGGUUUAAAAUAACUAUAACUCUAUGACUAUAAUAUAUUGGUUUUACAAAGAAGUUAAUUGUUUAUUAUUUUAUCUUGAAAAAAAGCUAAAAAAAAAAAUGAAUUGUGCCUUUUUCAAAUUUUAAAUAAGGACCCAAUUUCAAUGAUAAAAAAACAAAACAAAAAAAAAAAUGACAUUUUUCGAUUCUGACUGAAGCGAGGAAUGUAUUAGUUUUACAAUGACAUUUAUUGUUUAUUUCGCUCCGAUUUACAAUGAUUGCACUUUUUCUAAAAGAAUAUCUGACUGGGGCGCUAUUUAAGGAGGUUAUUUUUCGAUUUUUUCCGGAGUUAUCCUAAUAAAUAGGGGAAACCAGGAAAAACGUAGGGAAAACGAGGAAACAGAUACAAUAUUUAUUAAAGAAAAUAUGUAAUGCCUAUGUAAUUAGUUUACUAUAAUAUUUGUUGACAAAGCAACUUCCCAACUUCUCACCUACAUUAGUGGCCCACCUACGUGCCAGGUUUUUUAUCUAUUUAUGCAAUUAGGCGUAUAUGAGAAACGCUCGGCAAUUUUACUAUUAAAACGGAAUUUUCCAAGCGCUGAAUAAGAUACGAAUUUUGUCACGAAUUGACGUACCACGUUGACUGAGGAUCCCAGUUGGGUCCCGGACCUCGGCGGUUUUUAUUACACUGGUUCGGUACUUAUUUUCACAGACUCAGGACUAAGGAUCUAUUCUGCCAUUUUAUCCGUUAUAAUACGUUUUUGUUAUUGUAAAACACAAUUCUGCUCGGUUUUUUUUUUCAAACUUCUCAUUAAGCAUCAAGUUCGGAUACUUUUUAAAACUUUUAUCGACCGGUAGAUAUUACGUUGGAUACAUUGGCUAUUAUUUUUCUAAACUUUUAAACUAUUACAUUUUAUCAGCAUUAAUAUUAUGAUAUUAUAAACGGCUAUAAUAGUAUAAACUACCCGCCCAAACACGGGACCAGUGUUGUAAAUAUUUUUUUUGGUAUGUAUUUAAAUACAAUUUUAAAUACUUUUUUUUCAAAUUACUUAACUAUAUUAAUGAUAACAAUCUAGUUACCCAAAUAGCGAUACAGAUUUUUUUUUUUUAAUCUUAAAUAUAAGUAGAGCUUUGUUUAGGACUGUAUGGACUAAAUUUUAACUAUUUAAAAAUUAUUCGAAAAUGGGAUAAAACUCAAAACACAUCCACUGUUAGGUUAACACGGUAACUGAUUAACCAGAGGUUUAAUUAACAUUAAAAAUGUUCUUCUGAGUAAGCCAGAUAAAAUAAUAUAAAUGUUAAUGCUUACUAUAUUUGACUUCCAAUAAAAAUUUUUGAUUUUUUUGUAUUGGGUUAAUUUAACGGUAUCGUGAAUUGUCGAUAGGGUACCUAGUACUUACUUAUAUUACGAUUUUGGUCGUUAUCGUAUAUUUUAACGACAAUUCUCAAAUAAUUCAAAUUGAAAAGUAUUUGAUACUCCAGUAUUUAAUACUGUAAAAAGUAUUUAAAAUAUACUUCAAUACUUUAUAAAUAAAUAGUAUUUCAAACACGUAUUUAAUACUUGGAAAAGGGAAACGUAUUUAAAUACCAAUACUCAAAUGCUUCACAACACUGCCCGGGACCUGACUAUACUAUGGAUUUUUUACCGUAAGACUCAACUCGGACGCGCCGGCCACGGUAUACGCACACUAACACGCAGCAACAAGUGAUAUCGUAAUAACGUGUCGAGGGUGAAAUAGAUUUAUAGCCGAAUGAGUACUAUGCUAACACGGGUACGCACGCAUUUGAAUUAUCUGUAUAUCUGUUCGCAAGUAUAAUAUAAUAUUCUACGAUUAAUUUGAAUAUGAACAAAUUAAUAAUUUAUAGAAAAAAAAUGUGUUUUUAAUAUUGUCACGUAAACGAGGUGUGUGUUCAAAAAGUUCCAAGACUGUUUGAAUUGCGCGCCGACGGAGCGGUUAGGAAUAGGAGUAGGAGUAAGAUUGAUAACUCUGCAGUGUUCUGUGACUUCUUUGGAGUAUAUCUGUAUUUGUACGUACUCUAUUGUAAUAAAUCGUUAAUAAUUGUAAUAAAUAAUUGUAAAUAAAUGUGGUUUUGUAAUAAAUCUAAAAGAAGGGCCUUUUUUCGGGAUGGAGUUGGUUGGAGAAGAUUUUUCUUUCAUUUUGAUGAUAACAUAAUAAUACAGAUAAUGAUUAUUAUUAUGGUAAAUUGUCAAAAAGUUUACAACAUUUACCAUGUGAUAAACCUGAACUUGGACCUUCCUUCACAUUCUCGAGGAAAACUUUCACUGGGCCUCUGCAGUUUUUCAGUUGCAAAUUGUUGGAAAAAGUCACGUGACUCGUCGUAUUCAUCUACCAAACGAGAAUUUUUUAAAAAAAACGAAAGAAAACAUCCUCCUCCCCUUCCCCCUUAAAGAAAAUUCUUCUUUUGAAUUAAUUACAAAACCGUCUAAUGCAAAAAAAAAUAUUUUACAAAAAUAUCGAUGAGAUCAAAACAAAGAAGGUGGUUAUAGACAAUCCCCAAAAAACAGAUGUGCUCAGGAAAAAUCACAGAACCCAGUGAUAUUAAUCCUAUCGCUGUUGCAGGAUGCUCCGUUGGCGCGCAAUUCGAACCGUCCUGGAACUUUCGAACACUCCUCGCAAUUCAAUAUCGGUUUUUAAAAAAGACAAGUUAUCCGUAAACAAAUUAUUAUAUUAUUCUGUUCUGAAUGAUACGCGUUUUAUGGUUUUAUACUGACGCUUUUUGGAGGUCCGUGAUAGGCGGUGUGGGGCUACCUCUUGGUAAUGUGAGGGAUAUUAAAAUGCCAGAGACGCUAUUUUUAUUUGUUUUUUAAAGUAGCUAGAGUACUUGCGGAAGGGCGACGAACACGUACGCGAUCGUAUUUAUGCGGUGAGUGAGAGAAUGGAGGAGGGAAAAUAAUAACUGACCGUGUAUAUGGGAUAAAAGCGAAUGGGAAAUGGAAAAAAAAAAAAAUUAUUUUUAGAUUUCGAUUUCUAUCGGCGAAUCAGACGUGUGUCAGUCGACCGAAAUUUUGAUUUUGUACACAAUUACAAAAUCGCUUAGCCUUAACUCUGCACGCGUUUACAGACCAUCACCUGCGAUCUGUCGGCCGGUGUCAAGUUGGGGUUGAAACAUCGAUACCCGAUACUCGACGUCGCGGACCCAUUGGCCCAGCUAGAAAGCGGCGACUCCGCCUCGUCUCAAACGCUGGUGACGAAAUCGAUGUUCAGGCCGGCACUGUUGGCCCAUUACGUCACAGACAAGCACCAGGUGUCCGGCCAGUUCAAACCGCUGACGAAGGCCGUCAAGCUGGCGUAUUACUAUCAUCACAACGACGUGCUGCAAACAGGCAUCACGUUUAAGAGACAAGGCCCGUUCCGGGCAAUGCCCGUCGUUCGGCUGUCACUCAGGAGUCUGACCGACAAGUCCGUAUUGCUGACGACCGUCGGGACGGACGGCAUUAGCGGCAUGCUAGAGAAACGGCUUAACGACUGGAUUCACGUGUACGGGAGUUUUUACUUUGACCGGAACGAUUACGGGUUAGGCUUCGGGAUAUCCAUGAAAGUCGUCGAAUAG